AUGUAAGCUAAACGAGUUGCACCAAAUCCAAUAGAUAAUAUUCAUACAGAACCUCGUUCAUCCUAUUAAUCUUGUCAUCUAACAAAAUCUAAACCAUUAAUAUCAACCACUCCUCUUUAAUAAUAAAAACCUAAUAAUUUAAUUUAAUCCUUAAAUGGUUUGUGUAAGUACUUUAUCCAGAAAGAAGAUAGCAAAUAAAUUGCCUGCCAAGCACCAAAAAGUAUCUAAAGAUCAUCUGCUUCUUUGUCACCAAGAUAGAUUAUAGCUGCCCCUAUAUAAGAAAAUAAUAGUCCGCUUUUGGUAAAAUAACUAUUAUAUGGUAAAAAGGAUCAAAAGGAAAAUUUAAAUCCGAAAGUGAGUGUUAGCAAAGUGGAUUAAUAAUAAGUGCCUCAUUUAAGUAUUAAUCAAGAGCAAAAAUUAGUCAAGGUUAACGAUAGUAGUCAUAAAAAAAGUAUGGGUAAAUUUGCAAAGAAUUAGAAAUCUCGAAAUGCCUCUGUAUAAUAUCAUGAAGAUUGGAAAUUAAAAUAUGAAGAGUUAUAAUUAAGUUUGUGUGAGAGAAUUUAAUAAUUGGAGAAUGAAUUGGAAAAUAUGGAGAGAAAUAGAAAAAUUGAUUAAAUGCAUUCUGAUUAGUAAACAAAUCAAUAUAUUGAACAAUUACAAUCUAUAAUACAAGAGAAGGAUUAAAAAAUUUGGGAAUAAGAAUUAUAAAAUGAGAAAUUAUAAAAAAUAAUUGAAAGUUAAUAAUAGGAUAUAUAGAAAUAUAUGGAUAAUAAAUAUAAAUUAAAUGAGAGCAACAAUGAGAUGAAAAGAUUGUAAUAAGUAGAUUAAAAAUUUGAACAAAUAAGAGGACAUUUACCAGCACUUAAUAUUACUUUAAAGAAUAUUUAAUAAUUAUUUGAUGUUGGUUAAUUCGAAUAAUAAUAAUAAUAAAAUAAUAAUUUAUCUCUAUCAUCUGUUUCUAUGGUUGAGAUGAUUAAUGAUUUUAAUAAAGGUAUAGAAGAGAAGACAUAGAAGUCAUUUAAAAAUAAUAAUAUAUAGACUUCUGGUCUUUUAGAGCCAAAAACACUAAACCUGUCAGAGAUUCUAAAAAAUAGAAGAAACUGA